AUGUCUGCAGCACCGAGCGAGGAGCCCGUCAAGGAGGCCCCUCCUGUGCAGCAAGAGGCUGCGCAGGAUGCCGCCGACUUGUUUGGUGGUCUGAAAAAGAAGAGCAAGAAGAAAAAGAUCCCAGUUGACUUCGACCUGGGCGAGGUACGUAGCCACGGACCUGAAUCUAACUCACGUGUGCAGUCCAAGGAGAUAACCAAGGCGGAGGAGCCCAAGACAAGCGAUGCCCCCGCAGAGACUCCGUCUGAGGAUGUUGCACCCGCCGCGAGUACCGAGGCCGACCCGCUUGACUUUGGUGAUUUGAAGAAGAAGAAGAAAAAGAAGAAGGCUGCCUUUGACCUCGAAGACUUUGAGAAGGAGCUGGGGGAGAAGAAUGAGGAUGGUGAUGACCUGGACGGUGAGAAUCCAUUUGCCUCCGAGUCGAAGGACGAUGACGAGGCGGCCAAGGGCGGCGACGUGGAGACCUGGCAGGGCACGGAUCGCGACUAUACGUACCAGGAGCUCUUGCACCGCUUCUUCCGCAUUUUGCGACAGCAGAACCCUGCUCUUUCUGGCGAGAAGAAGAAAUACACUAUGGUCCCUCCUGUCGUGCAGCGCGACGGCUCAAAGAAGACUGUGUUUGCGAAUGUCAUCGAAAUCUGCAAGCGUAUGCAUCGCCAGCCAGACCAUGUUAUCCAAUACCUGUUCACAGAGUUGGGUACCACAGGCUCUAUCGACGGUAGUCAGCGCCUGGUCAUCCGUGGUCGUUUCCAGCCCAAGCAGAUUGAGAAUGUGUUGCGGCGGUAUAUUGUCGAAUACGUUACCUGCAAGACAUGCCGCUCGCCAAACACACUGCUUACAAAAGAGAACCGUAUUUACUUCAUGACCUGCGAAGCAUGCGGCUCUCAGCGCUCCGUCAGCGCUAUCAAGACUGGUUUCCAGGCCCAGACUGGCAAGCGCAGCAAGAUGCGCGAGCAGUAA